CGUUAACGUCAAAAGUGUCAACACGUCCGUAACUUGAAAGGAAAGGGCCACCACAUAUGUGUCCUCAAAUGAAAAAUAAAUUUAUUUGAAAAUUGACCAAGUACAAUGAGUGGAAAACCGAAAUUAGACGACUUGGUUCAAUCAGUUUCAUUGUACACAGCUACACCAGCCUUUUUCCAUUUGUAUGUGUUACCAUUUAUAAUAAUUUAUUCAUCAUGGUUGUAUCUUUGGCUGGGAAUUUACGGUUUUGAAGAACAUUACGAGGGUGGAUUCGUAGGAAUUGCUGUUAUCGGAUGUUUUCAGAUACUGUCUUGCUUGAUGUGUUACUGGUCUGUCCAUAUAAAUUGUUUUUUUAGCUGUAGAAAGGAGAAAGACCCUAUUAAAGCAACUUUAGCCAAAGUUGUACCUGCUCCUAAUAACGGCAGUUCAGAGCUCGUUUGCCUGCGACAUACGAAGAAUGAUGUUGAUAUCACUAUAUGGUUCAUUUUCCAAAAAACUAAAUAUAUAUGGGAUUCUGAUAAGAAAAUAUUCAGGGGUUUGGAAUUUCCAGUACACAAAAGUUUUUCUGAAUAUGGUUUGUCUAAAGGUUUGCAAGAAGAUAUUGAUAUAAUAGAAGCAGAGCAGCUUUAUGGAAAGAAUAUAUUGAACAUGGUGGUUCCCGAAUUCACGGAACUUUUUGUGGAAAGAGCAACGGCUCCAUUUUUCGUAUUUCAAGUGUUCUGCGUAGGCCUGUGGUGUCUAGAUGAUUUUUGGUACUACUCUCUUUUCACGUUAGUCAUGUUGGUGCUGUUCGAAUGUACAUUAGUUCAACAACAAUUGCGUAACAUGGACGAAAUCCGUAAAAUGGGUAACAAACCUUACAACAUCCUUGUGUACCGCAGCAGGAAAUGGAGGAUGAUACCUACUAGCGAUCUAAUUCCCGGUGAUAUUAUUUCAAUAACUAGGUCGCAAAAAGAUAAUUUGAUACCGUGUGAUGUUCUGUUGCUUAGAGGAGCUUGUAUAGUCGAUGAAAGUAUGUUGACAGGUGAAUCAGUACCUCAAAUGAAAGAAGCUAUCGAGAAUUUUGAUCAGAGUACCAUUUUAGACCCAGAAGGUGACGGUAAACUCCACGUUUUAUUCGGAGGCACUAAGGUAGUACAGCAUACUGCACCAACGAAAGCAAGCACUGGAUUAAGACCUCAAGAUAAUGGUUGUGUUGCUUACGUCCUACGUACUGGGUUUAAUACAUCCCAAGGAAAAUUGCUUAGAACCAUUCUUUUUGGUGUUAAAAGAGUUACUGCUAAUAAUAAAGAAACCUUUGGAUUUAUUCUCUUCCUACUUAUUUUCGCAAUUGCGGCAGCCUGGUACGUUUGGAUAAAGGGUUCCGAAGAUCCAAAUAGAAGUAGAUAUAAAUUAUUCUUGGAAUGUACCCUCAUUCUGACAUCCGUCAUACCGCCAGAGCUACCAAUUGAGCUGUCACUAGCUGUUAAUUCUUCCUUAUUAGCGCUAUCAAAACUAGGUAUUUUCUGCACUGAACCGUUUAGAAUACCAUUCGCGGGAAAGGUAGAUAUAUGUUGCUUCGACAAAACGGGAACUUUGACCAGCGACAAUCUUAUAGUAGAAGGCGUGGCUUUAGCUGAAAAAGACUCAUCCCCUACAGCUAUCAACGAUUUGCCUCAGGAGACCAUACAAGUGCUGGCCACUUGUCAUUCUCUAGCGCAAUUAGAUGAUGGUUUAGUGGGGGAUCCGUUAGAAAAAGCCACGUUGACAGCUAUCGAUUGGAAUGUCACCAAAGCUGAUGCGGUCGUGCCUAAGAAAGGUAGAUUGUCAGGGCUGAAGAUUUUUCAUAGAUUUCACUUUUCAUCAGCACUAAAGAGAAUGUCCGUUAUCGCCGGCUAUAACCCAGUAGGUUCUACAGAUACAAUAUACAUUGCAACAGUUAAAGGCGCCCCCGAAAUUUUAAAGCCAAUGUUUUCCGAUACUCCAAAGUUGUACGACGACGUUUAUUUGGAAUUAUCAAGGAGAGGCGCUAGAGUCUUGGCCCUAGGUUUUAGAGAAAUGGGCAAACUUUCUUCUCAAGAAAUUCGCGAACUGAGCCGCGACGAUGUCGAAAAAGACUUAAAAUUUGCCGGUUUCGUCAUUAUAUCCUGCCCGCUUAAGUUCGAUUCUAGGGCUGUGAUUAAGGAACUUCAGUAUGCCUCCCACAGGGCUGUCAUGAUUACGGGAGACAAUCCGCUGACGGCUUGUCACGUUGCCAAAGAACUGAAGUUUACCACAAAGACUACACUGAUCUUGACUCAAAGCAAGGAGAGUUAUAUCUGGAGGAGCAUCAACGAAACCAAAGAACUGCCUCUGGAGUACGACUACAAGAAUCUUACUAAAGAAUACGACCUUUGCAUCACCGGCGAUGGAUUAAAAUAUCUACGCGACAACUACAACGUUUUUUUUGAGACUAAUAAUGCCCUAUAUCAGCGUGUAUGCACGUUUCGCUCCCAAACAAAAAGAAUUCGUCAUUGUCCAACUCAAAAAUUUAGGAUAUACCACUUUGAUGUGCGGUGAUGGUACCAAUGACGUGGGCGCUCUCAAGCACGCUGAAGUAGGUGUCGCUAUUUUGGCUAAUGCUCCCGAAAAACUUAUCGAUCCAAAGAUUCUAAAAGAGAAACUCGAAAAGGAACGUGAAAAGAAGCAAAAGGAAAUCAAAGAAUCGAUUCAGAAUCAAAGACCUAAUCACGUCAGAAACAUGAUAAAUCAUCGAGAAAAAUUGCAAUCCAAAGUCGAUAAAAUGAUGAAGGAAUUGGAAGAGCAGGACCAGCCACAAAUCGUCAAAUUAGGAGACGCCAGUAUUGCGUCUCCUUUUACUAGCAAAUUAUCAUCAAUUAUGUGUGUUUGUCACAUUAUAAAACAAGGUAGAUGCACUCUAGUCACCACAUUGCAGAUGUUCAAAAUAUUGGCAUUGAAUGCGCUCAUUUUAGCUUAUACUCAAUCUGUACUGUAUUUAGAUGGGAUAAAAUUGAGAGAUUUGCAAGCAACUCUACAGGGUCUUCUGUUAGCUGCCUGCUUUUUAUUCAUCUCCAGAUCGAAGCCAUUAAAAGUAUUAUCGAAGCAACGACCUCUACCUAACAUAUUUAAUUGGUAUACAAUUUUGACUGUUAUCACGCAGUUUUCUGUACAUUUCUUGUGUCUCAUUUUCCUCGUCCAGCAAGCCAAAUUGAGAGCGCCCCCAGAAGAAUCGCCUCUGGCGCCCAACGAGCUAGGCGAUAUAUCAGAAGAAGAGAAGGAUAAAUUGUUUAAACCAAAUAUUGUAAAUAGUACUGUGUAUAUUAUUUCUAUGGCCUUACAGAUAGCUACAUUUGCCAUAAAUUACAGGGGAAAUCCUUAUAUGGAGAGUCUUAAAGAAAAUAAAGCUUUGUUGUAUAGUAUUUUGGGUUCUGGAGGCGUCGUUUUAGCCUUAGCACUUGGUUUAGUUCCUGAAUUAUCAGACCAAUUUGAGAUUAUCGAUUUUCCACCAGAUUUCCGGAUUAUCUUGGUACAAGUGUUGUUCGCUGACUUUUUCUUCUCGUUCUUGGUGGAUCGGAUGUGUCUAUGGGUGUGCGGUGAAGGUAGCAUGAAAGUUUCAUAGGAACAAAUUUGGAGAAGAGAUAGAAAAAGUUGAUUAAUAGUAUUUAUUUAUAAGUCAUUCCAAUUGAAAGCAAAAACAAUGAUUAAGAUCAAAUCUGUAUGUUUGUGAUUUGAAAAAUUAAUAAAUAUUUUUUACUUGUUA